CAUUGGUUUGUGUGCUGUAUGAGUUUGAUGACCAUUCUCUUAUGGACAGGUUGUCACUCGCAGCUGCCUGAUGUGCCUAUCAUUUUAAAUGGAUCUGGAUCAACUCAAUGUUCUGGCAGAGUUGAAGUUUAUCUCAACAACAGCUGGGGAACAGUCUGUGAUGAUGGCUGGGACUUAAAUGACGCUGAGGUGGUUUGCAGACAGUUGAACUGUGGAUCAGCACUGGAAGUUCCUCAGUCAGAUCACUUUGGUGCAGGAACUGGACAGAUCUGGCUUGAUCAUGUGACCUGUUCAGGAAAUGAAAGUACUCUAGCUGAGUGUCAACACAGUGGAUUUGGAUCAAACACAUGUGAACAUGGUCAGGAUGCUGCUGUCAUCUGUUCAGAUCUGAUCAGGUUAGCUGGAGCUGGAUCAUCUCGAUGCUCUGGAAGAGUUGAAGUCUUUCACAAUAACAUCUGGGGAACAAUCACUGAUUUUAACUGGGACUUAAAUGAUGCUGAGGUGGUUUGCAGAGAGUUAAACUGUGGGUCGGCACUCCAGGCUCCUCAAUCAGCUUACUUUGGUCCAGGAACUGGACAGAUCUGGCUCGGCGGUGUGACCUGUUCAGGAAAUGAAAGUUCUCUAAGUGAAUGUCAACACUUUGGAUGGGGAAACUCCUACUACUACUACAACAACAACUACUACUCCUACUCUAACAAUGGACAUUAUUCCGACGCUGGUGUCAUCUGUUCAGGUGACAUCAGAUUAGUUGGAUCUGGAUCAAGUCGAUGUUCUGGCAGAGUUGAAGUUUAUCACAGUAACAGCUGGGGAACAGUCUGUGAUGAUGGCUGGGACUUAAAUGAUGCUGAGGUGGUUUGCAGACAGUUAAACUGUGGAUCAGCACUGGAAGUUCCUCCAUCAGCGCACUUUGGUGCAGGAACUGGACAGAUUUGGCUUGAUCGUGUGACCUGUUCAGGAAAUGAAAGUUCUCUAGCUGAGUGUCAACACAGUGGAUUUGGAUCAAACACAUGUGAACAUGGUCAGGAUGCUGCUGUCAUCUGUUCAGAUCUCAUCAGAUUAGUUGGAUCUGGAUCAUCUCGAUGUUCUGGCAGAGUUGAAAUCUUUCACAAUAACAUCUGGGGAACAGUCUCUGAUUCCAACUGGAACUUAAAUGAUGCUGAGGUGGUUUGCAGACAGUUAAACUGUGGGUCGGCACUAGAAGCUACUCAAUCAUCUAAAUUUGGUGCAGGAACUGGACAGGUCUGGCUCACUGGUGUGACCUGUUCAGGAAAUGAAAGUUCUCUAAGUGAAUGUCAACACCCUGGAUGGGGAAACUACUACAACUACUACAACAACUACUACUACUACAACUACUAUGGACAUUUUUAUGAUGUUGGUGUCAUCUGUUCAGGUGACAUCAGAUUAGUUGGAUCUGGAUCUACUCAAUGUUCUGGCAGAGUUGAAGUUUAUCACAGUAACAGCUGGGGAACAGUCUGUGAUGAUGGCUGGGACUUAAGUGAUGCUGAGGUGGUUUGCAGACAGUUAAACUGUGGGUCAGCACUGGAAGUUCCUCCAUCAGCGCACUUUGGUGCAGGAACUGGACAGAUUUGGCUUGAUCAUGUGACCUGUUCAGGAAAUGAAAGUUCUCUAGCUGAGUGUCAACACAGUGGAUUUGGAUCAAACACAUGUGAACAUGGUCAGGAUGCUGCUGUCAUCUGUUCAGAUCUCAUCAGAUUAGUUGGAUCUGGAUCAUCUCGAUGUUCUGGCAGAGUUGAAAUCUUUCACAAUAACAUCUGGGGAACAGUGUCUGAUUCCAACUGGAACUUAAAUGAUGCUGAGGUGGUUUGCAGACAGUUAAACUGUGGGUCGGCACUAGAAGCUACUCAAUCAUCUAAAUUUGGUGCAGGAACUGGACAGGUCUGGCUCACUGGUGUGACCUGUUCAGGAAAUGAAAGUUCUCUAAGUGAAUGUCAACACCCUGGAUGGGGAAACUACUACAACUACUACAACAACUACUACUACUACAACUACUAUGGACAUUUUUAUGACGUUGGUGUCAUCUGUUCAGGUGACAUCAGAUUAGUUGGAUCUGGAUCUACUCAAUGUUCUGGCAGAGUUGAAGUUUAUCACAGUAACAGCUGGGGAACAGUCUGUGAUGAUGGCUGGGACUUAAGUGAUGCUGAGGUGGUUUGCAGACAGUUAAACUGUGGGUCAGCACUGGAAGUUCCUCCAUCAGCGCACUUUGGUGCAGGAACUGGACAGAUUUGGCUUGAUCAUGUGACCUGUUCAGGAAAUGAAAGUUCUCUAGCUGAGUGUCAACACAGUGGAUUUGGCUCAAACACAUGUGAACAUGGUCAGGAUGCUGCUGUCAUCUGUUCAGAUCUCAUCAGAUUAGUUGGAUCUGGAUCAUCUCGAUGUUCUGGCAGAGUUGAAAUCUUUCACAAUAACAUCUGGGGAACAGUCUCUGAUUCCAACUGGAACUUAAAUGAUGCUGAGGUGGUUUGCAGACAGUUAAACUGUGGGUCGGCACUAGAAGCUACUCAAUCAUCUAAAUUUGGUGCAGGAACUGGACAGGUCUGGCUCACUGGUGUGACCUGUUCAGGAAAUGAAAGUUCUCUAAGUGAAUGUCAGCACACUGGAUGGGGAAACUACUACAACUACUACAACAACUACUACUACAACUACUAUGGACAUUUUUAUGACGUUGGUGUCAUCUGUUCAGGUGACAUCAGAUUAGUUGGAUCUGGAUCUACUCAAUGUUCUGGCAGAGUUGAAGUUUAUCACAGUAACAGCUGGGGAACAGUCUGUGAUGAUGGCUGGGACUUAAGUGAUGCUGAGGUGGUUUGCAGACAGUUAAACUGUGGGUCAGCACUGGAAGUUCCUCCAUCAGCGCACUUUGGUGCAGGAACUGGACAGAUUUGGCUUGAUCAUGUGACCUGUUCAGGAAAUGAAAGUUCUCUAGCUGAGUGUCAACACAGUGGAUUUGGCUCAAACACAUGUGAACAUGGUCAGGAUGCUGCUGUCAUCUGUUCAGAUCUGAUCAGGUUAGCUGGAGCUGGAUCAUCUCGAUGCUCGGGAAGAGUUGAAAUCUUUCACAAUAACAUCUGGGGAACAAUCACUGAUUUUAACUGGGACUUAAAUGAUGCUGAGGUGGUUUGCAGACAGUUAAACUGUGGGUCGGCACUCCAAGCUCCUCAAUCAGCUUACUUUGGUCCAGGAACUGGACAGAUCUGGCUCGGUGAUGUGACCUGUUCAGGAAAUGAGAGUUCUCUAAGUGAAUGUCAACACUCUGGAUGGGGAAACUACUACUACUACUACUACAACAACAACUACUACUACUACUACAACAAUGGACAUUACUCAGAUGCUGGUGUCAUCUGUUCAGGUCUGAUCAGAUUAACUGGAUCUGGAUCAACUGGAUGUUCUGGCAGACUUGAAGUUUACCACAAUAACAUCUGGGGAACAGUCUGUGAUGAUGGCUGGGACUUAAAUGAUGCUGAGGUGGUUUGCAGACAGUUAAACUGUGGGUCAGCACUGGAAGUCCCUCCAUCAGCUGACUUUGGUGCAGGAACUGGACAGAUUUGGCUUGACAAUGUCACCUGUUCAGGAAAUGAAAGUUCUCUAGCUGAGUGUCAACACAGUGGAUUUGGAUCAAACACAUGUGAACAUGGUCAGGAUGCUGCUGUCAUCUGUUCAGAUCUGAUCAGGUUAGCUGGAGCUGGAUCAUCUCGAUGCUCGGGAAGAGUUGAAAUCUUUCACAAUAACAUCUGGGGAACAAUCACUGAUUUUAACUGGGACUUAAAUGAUGCUGAGGUGGUUUGCAGACAGUUAAACUGUGGGUCGGCACUCCAAGCUCCUCAAUCAGCUUACUUUGGUCCAGGAACUGGACAGAUCUGGCUCGGUGAUGUGACCUGUUCAGGAAAUGAGAGUUCUCUAAGUGAAUGUCAACACUCUGGAUGGGGAAACUACUACUACUACUACUACAACAACAACUACUACUACUACUACAACAAUGGACAUUACUCAGAUGCUGGUGUCAUCUGUUCAGGUCUGAUCAGAUUAACUGGAUCUGGAUCAACUGGAUGUUCUGGCAGACUUGAAGUUUACCACAAUAACAGCUGGGGAACAGUCUGUGAUGAUGGCUGGGACUUAAAUGAUGCUGAGGUGGUUUGCAGACAGUUAAACUGUGGGUCAGCACUGGAAGUUCCUCCAUCAGCUGACUUUGGUGCAGGAACUGGACAGAUUUGGCUUGACAAUGUCACCUGUUCAGGAAAUGAAAGUUCUCUAGCUGAGUGUCAACACAGUGGAUUUGGAUCAAACACAUGUGAACAUGGUCAGGAUGCUGCUGUCAUCUGUUCAGAUCUCAUCAGAUUAGUUGGAUCUGGAUCAUCUCGAUGUUCUGGCAGAGUUGAAAUCUUUCACAAUAACAUCUGGGGAACAGUCUCUGAUUCCAACUGGAACUUAAAUGAUGCUGAGGUGGUUUGCAGACAGUUAAACUGUGGGUCGGCACUAGAAGCUACUCAAUCAUCUAAAUUUGGUGCAGGAACUGGACAGGUCUGGCUCACUGGUGUGACCUGUUCAGGAAAUGAAAGUUCUCUAAGUGAAUGUCAACACCCUGGAUGGGGAAACUACUACAACUACUACAACAACUACUACUACUACAACUACUAUGGACAUUUUUAUGACGUUGGUGUCAUCUGUUCAGGUGACAUCAGAUUAGUUGGAUCUGGAUCUACUCAAUGUUCUGGCAGAGUUGAAGUUUAUCACAGUAACAGCUGGGGAACAGUCUGUGAUGAUGGCUGGGACUUAAGUGAUGCUGAGGUGGUUUGCAGACAGUUAAACUGUGGGUCAGCACUGGAAGUUCCUCCAUCAGCGCACUUUGGUACAGGAACUGGACAGAUUUGGCUUGAUCAUGUGACCUGUUCAGGAAAUGAAAGUUCUCUAGCUGAGUGUCAACACAGUGGAUUUGGCUCAAACACAUGUGAACAUGGUCAGGAUGCUGCUGUCAUCUGUUCAGAUCUGAUCAGGUUAGCUGGAGCUGGAUCAUCUCGAUGCUCGGGAAGAGUUGAAAUCUUUCACAAUAACAUCUGGGGAACAAUCACUGAUUUUAACUGGGACUUAAAUGAUGCUGAGGUGGUUUGCAGACAGUUAAACUGUGGGUCGGCACUCCAAGCUCCUCAAUCAGCUUACUUUGGUCCAGGAACUGGACAGAUCUGGCUCGGUGAUGUGACCUGUUCAGGAAAUGAGAGUUCUCUAAGUGAAUGUCAACACUCUGGAUGGGGAAACUACUACUACUACUACUACUACAACAACAACUACUACUACUACUACAACAAUGGACAUUACUCAGAUGCUGGUGUCAUCUGUUCAGGUCUGAUCAGAUUAACUGGAUCUGGAUCAACUGGAUGUUCUGGCAGACUUGAAGUUUACCACAAUAACAGCUGGGGAACAGUCUGUGAUGAUGGCUGGGACUUAAAUGAUGCUGAGGUGGUUUGCAGACAGUUAAACUGUGGGUCGGCACUGGAAGUUCCUCCAUCAGCUCACUUUGGUGCAGGAACUGGACAGAUUUGGCUUGACAAUGUCACCUGUUCAGGAAAUGAAAGUUCUCUAGCUGAGUGUCAACACAGUGGAUUUGGAUCAAACACAUGUGAACAUGGUCAGGAUGCUGCUGUCAUCUGUUCAGAUCUCAUCAGAUUAGUUGGAUCUGGAUCAUCUCGAUGUUCUGGCAGAGUUGAAAUCUUUCACAAUAACAUCUGGGGAACAGUGUCUGAUUCCAACUGGAACUUAAAUGAUGCUGAGGUGGUUUGCAGACAGUUAAACUGUGGGUCGGCACUAGAAGCUACUCAAUCAUCUAAAUUUGGUGCAGGAACUGGACAGGUCUGGCUCACUGGUGUGACCUGUUCAGGAAAUGAAAGUUCUCUAAGUGAAUGUCAACACCCUGGAUGGGGAAACUACUACAACUACUACAACAACUACUACUACUACAACUACUAUGGACAUUUUUAUGACGUUGGUGUCAUCUGUUCAGGUGACAUCAGAUUAGUUGGAUCUGGAUCUACUCAAUGUUCUGGCAGAGUUGAAGUUUAUCACAGUAACAGCUGGGGAACAGUCUGUGAUGAUGGCUGGGACUUAAGUGAUGCUGAGGUGGUUUGCAGACAGUUAAACUGUGGGUCAGCACUGGAAGUUCCUCCAUCAGCGCACUUUGGUGCAGGAACUGGACAGAUUUGGCUUGAUCAUGUGACCUGUUCAGGAAAUGAAAGUUCUCUAGCUGAGUGUCAACACAGUGGAUUUGGCUCAAACACAUGUGAACAUGGUCAGGAUGCUGCUGUCAUCUGUUCAGAUCUGAUCAGGUUAGCUGGAGCUGGAUCAUCUCGAUGCUCGGGAAGAGUUGAAAUCUUUCACAAUAACAUCUGGGGAACAAUCACUGAUUUUAACUGGGACUUAAAUGAUGCUGAGGUGGUUUGCAGACAGUUAAACUGUGGGUCGGCACUCCAAGCUCCUCAAUCAGCUUACUUUGGUCCAGGAACUGGACAGAUCUGGCUCGGUGAUGUGACCUGUUCAGGAAAUGAGAGUUCUCUAAGUGAAUGUCAACACUCUGGAUGGGGAAACUACUACUACUACUACUACAACAACAACUACUACUACUACUACAACAAUGGACAUUACUCAGAUGCUGGUGUCAUCUGUUCAGGUCUGAUCAGAUUAACUGGAUCUGGAUCAACUGGAUGUUCUGGCAGACUUGAAGUUUACCACAAUAACAGCUGGGGAACAGUCUGUGAUGAUGGCUGGGACUUAAAUGAUGCUGAGGUGGUUUGCAGACAGUUAAACUGUGGGUCAGCACUGGAAGUCCCUCCAUCAGCUGACUUUGGUGCAGGAACUGGACAGAUUUGGCUUGACAAUGUCACCUGUUCAGGAAAUGAAAGUUCUCUAGCUGAGUGUCAACACAGUGGAUUUGGAUCAAACACAUGUGAACAUGGUCAGGAUGCUGCUGUCAUCUGUUCAGAUCUCAUCAGAUUAGUUGGAUCUGGAUCAUCUCGAUGUUCUGGCAGAGUUGAAAUCUUUCACAAUAACAUCUGGGGAACAGUGUCUGAUUCCAACUGGAACUUAAAUGAUGCUGAGGUGGUUUGCAGACAGUUAAACUGUGGGUCGGCACUAGAAGCUACUCAAUCAUCUAAAUUUGGUGCAGGAACUGGACAGGUCUGGCUCACUGGUGUGACCUGUUCAGGAAAUGAAAGUUCUCUAAGUGAAUGUCAACACCCUGGAUGGGGAAACUACUACAACUACUACAACAACUACUACUACUACAACUACUAUGGACAUUUUUAUGACGUUGGUGUCAUCUGUUCAGGUGACAUCAGAUUAGUUGGAUCUGGAUCUACUCAAUGUUCUGGCAGAGUUGAAGUUUAUCACAGUAACAGCUGGGGAACAGUCUGUGAUGAUGGCUGGGACUUAAGUGAUGCUGAGGUGGUUUGCAGACAGUUAAACUGUGGGUCAGCACUGGAAGUUCCUCCAUCAGCGCACUUUGGUGCAGGAACUGGACAGAUUUGGCUUGAUCAUGUGACCUGUUCAGGAAAUGAAAGUUCUCUAGCUGAGUGUCAACACAGUGGAUUUGGCUCAAACACAUGUGAACAUGGUCAGGAUGCUGCUGUCAUCUGUUCAGAUCUGAUCAGGUUAGCUGGAGCUGGAUCAUCUCGAUGCUCGGGAAGAGUUGAAAUCUUUCACAAUAACAUCUGGGGAACAAUCACUGAUUUUAACUGGGACUUAAAUGAUGCUGAGGUGGUUUGCAGACAGUUAAACUGUGGGUCGGCACUCCAAGCUCCUCAAUCAGCUUACUUUGGUCCAGGAACUGGACAGAUCUGGCUCGGUGAUGUGACCUGUUCAGGAAAUGAGAGUUCUCUAAGUGAAUGUCAACACUCUGGAUGGGGAAACUACUACUACUACUACUACAACAACAACUACUACUACUACUACAACAAUGGACAUUACUCAGAUGCUGGUGUCAUCUGUUCAGGUCUGAUCAGAUUAACUGGAUCUGGAUCAACUGGAUGUUCUGGCAGACUUGAAGUUUACCACAAUAACAGCUGGGGAACAGUCUGUGAUGAUGGCUGGGACUUAAAUGAUGCUGAGGUGGUUUGCAGACAGUUAAACUGUGGGUCAGCACUGGAAGUCCCUCCAUCAGCUGACUUUGGUGCAGGAACUGGACAGAUUUGGCUUGACAAUGUCACCUGUUCAGGAAAUGAAAGUUCUCUAGCUGAGUGUCAACACAGUGGAUUUGGAUCAAACACAUGUGAACAUGGUCAGGAUGCUGCUGUCAUCUGUUCAGCUGUGUCCAUCAUUUUAACGGGAUCUGGAUCAACUCAAUGUUCUGGCAGAGUUGAAGUUUAUCUCAACAACAGCUGGGGAACAGUCUGUGAUGAUGGCUGGGACUUAAAUGAUGCUGAGGUGGUUUGCAGACAGUUAAACUGUGGGUCUGCACUGGAAGUUCCUCAAUCGGCUCACUUUGGUGCAGGAACUGGACAGAUCUGGCUUGACAAUGUGACCUGUUCAGGAAAUGAAAGUACUCUAACUGAGUGCCAACACAGUGGAUUUGGAUCAAACACAUGUGAACAUGGUCAGGAUGCUGCUGUCAUCUGUUCAGCUGUGUCCAUCAUUUUAACGGGAUCUGGAUCAACUCAAUGUUCUGGCAGAGUUGAAGUUUAUCUCAACAACAGCUGGGGAACAGUCUGUGAUGAUGGCUGGGACUUAAAUGAUGCUGAGGUGGUUUGCAGACAGUUAAACUGUGGGUCAGCACUGGAAGUUCCUCAAUCAGAUCACUUUGGUGCAGGAACUGGACAGAUCUGGCUUGAUCAUGUGACCUGUUCAGGAAAUGAAAGUACUCUAACUGAGUGCCAACACAGUGGAUUUGGAUCAAACACAUGUGAACAUGGUCAGGAUGCUGCUGUCAUCUGUUCAGAUCUCAUCAGAUUAGUUGGAUCUGGAUCAUCUCGAUGUUCUGGCAGAGUUGAAAUCUUUCACAAUAACAUCUGGGGAACAGUCUCUGAUUCCAACUGGAACUUAAAUGAUGCUGAGGUGGUUUGCAGACAGUUAAACUGUGGGUCGGCACUAGAAGCUACUCAAUCAUCUAAAUUUGGUGCAGGAACUGGACAGGUCUGGCUCACUGGUGUGACCUGUUCAGGAAAUGAAAGUUCUCUAAGUGAAUGUCAACACCCUGGAUGGGGAAACUACUACAACUACUACAACAACUACUACUACUACAACUACUAUGGACAUUUUUAUGACGUUGGUGUCAUCUGUUCAGGUGACAUCAGAUUAGUUGGAUCUGGAUCUACUCAAUGUUCUGGCAGAGUUGAAGUUUAUCACAGUAACAGCUGGGGAACAGUCUGUGAUGAUGGCUGGGACUUAAGUGAUGCUGAGGUGGUUUGCAGACAGUUAAACUGUGGGUCAGCACUGGAAGUUCCUCCAUCAGCUCACUUUGGUGCAGGAACUGGACAGAUUUGGCUUGAUCAUGUGACCUGUUCAGGAAAUGAAAGUUCUCUAACUGAGUGUCAGCACAGUGGAUUUGGCUCAAACACAUGUGAACAUGGUCAGGAUGCUGCUGUCAUCUGUUCAGAUCUGAUCAGGUUAGCUGGAGCUGGAUCAUCUCGAUGCUCGGGAAGAGUUGAAAUCUUUCACAAUAACAUCUGGGGAACAAUCACUGAUUUUAACUGGGACUUAAAUGAUGCUGAGGUGGUUUGCAGACAGUUAAACUGUGGGUCGGCACUCCAAGCUCCUCAAUCAGCUUACUUUGGUCCAGGAACUGGACAGAUCUGGCUCGGUGAUGUGACCUGUUCAGGAAAUGAGAGUUCUCUAAGUGAAUGUCAACACUCUGGAUGGGGAAACUACUACUACUACUACUACAACAACAACUACUACUACUACUACAACAAUGGACAUUACUCAGAUGCUGGUGUCAUCUGUUCAGGUCUGAUCAGAUUAACUGGAUCUGGAUCAACUGGAUGCGCUGGCAGACUUGAAGUUUACCACAAUAACAGCUGGGGAACAGUCUGUGAUGAUGGCUGGGACUUAAAUGAUGCUGAGGUGGUUUGCAGACAGUUAAACUGUGGGUCAGCACUGGAAGUCCCUCCAUCAGCUGACUUUGGUGCAGGAACUGGACAGAUUUGGCUUGACAAUGUCACCUGUUCAGGAAAUGAAAGUUCUCUAGCUGAGUGUCAACACAGUGGAUUUGGAUCAAACACAUGUGAACAUGGUCAGGAUGCUGCUGUCAUCUGUUCAGAUCUCAUCAGAUUAGUUGGAUCUGGAUCAUCUCGAUGUUCUGGCAGAGUUGAAAUCUUUCACAAUAACAUCUGGGGAACAGUGUCUGAUUCCAACUGGAACUUAAAUGAUGCUGAGGUGGUUUGCAGACAGUUAAACUGUGGGUCGGCACUAGAAGCUACUCAAUCAUCUAAAUUUGGUGCAGGAACUGGACAGGUCUGGCUCACUGGUGUGACCUGUUCAGGAAAUGAAAGUUCUCUAAGUGAAUGUCAACACCCUGGAUGGGGAAACUACUACAACUACUACAACAACUACUACUACAACUACUAUGGACAUUUUUAUGACGUUGGUGUCAUCUGUUCAGGUGACAUCAGAUUAGUUGGAUCUGGAUCUACUCAAUGUUCUGGCAGAGUUGAAGUUUAUCACAAUAACAGCUGGGGAACAGUCUGUGAUGAUGGCUGGGACUUAAAUGAUGCUGAGGUGGUUUGCAGACAGUUAAACUGUGGGUCAGCACUGGAAGUUCCUCCAACAGCUCACUUUGGUGCAGGAACUGGACAGAUUUGGCUUGAUCAUGUGACCUGUUCAGGAAAUGAAAGUUCUCUUACUGAUUGUCAACAUAGUGGAUUUGGCUCAAACACAUGUGAACAUGGUCAGGAUGCUGCUGUCAUCUGUUCAGAUCUGAUCAGGUUAGCUGGAGCUGGAUCAUCUCGAUGCUCGGGAAGAGUUGAAAUCCUUCACAAUAACAUCUGGGGAACAAUCACUGAUUUUAACUGGGACUUAAAUGAUGCUGAGGUGGUUUGCAGACAGUUAAACUGUGGGUCGGCACUCCAAGCUCCUCAAUCAGCUUACUUUGGUCCAGGAACUGGACAGAUCUGGCUCGGUGAUGUGACCUGUUCAGGAAAUGAGAGUUCUCUAAGUGAAUGUCAACACUCUGGAUGGGGAAACUACUACAACUACUACUACAACAACAACUACUACUACUACUACAACAAUGGACAUUACUCAGAUGCUGGUGUCAUCUGUUCAGGUCUGAUCAGAUUAACUGGAUCUGGAUCAACUGGAUGUUCUGGCAGACUUGAAGUUUACCACAAUAACAGCUGGGGAACAGUCUGUGAUGAUGGCUGGGACUUAAGUGAUGCUGAGGUGGUUUGCAGACAGUUAAACUGUGGGUCAGCACUGGAAGUCCCUCCAUCAGCUGACUUUGGUGCAGGAACUGGACAGAUUUGGCUUGAACAUGUGACCUGUUCAGGAAAUGAAAGUUCUCUAGCUGAGUGUCAACACAGUGGAUUUGGAUCAAACACAUGUGAACAUGGUCAGGAUGCUGCUGUCAUCUGUUCAGAUCUCAUCAGAUUAGUUGGAUCUGGAUCAUCUCGAUGCUCUGGCAGAGUUGAAAUCUUUCACAAUAACAUCUGGGGAACAGUCUCUGAUUCCAACUGGGUCUUAAAUGAUGCUGAGGUGGUUUGCAGACAGUUAAACUGUGGGUCGGCACUAGAAGCUACUCAAUCAUCUAAAUUUGGUGCAGGAACUGGACAGGUCUGGCUCACUGGUGUGACCUGUUCAGGAAAUGAAAGUUCUCUAAGUGAAUGUCAGCACACUGGAUGGGGAAACUACUACAACUACUACAACUACUACAACAACUACUACUACUACUACAACUACUAUGGACAUUAUUAUGACGUUGGUGUCAUCUGUUCAGGUGACAUCAGAUUAGUCGGAUCUGGAUCUACUCGAUGUUCUGGCAGAGUUGAAGUUUAUCACAGUAACAGCUGGGGAACAGUCUGUGAUGAUGGCUGGGACUUAAGUGAUGCUGAGGUGGUUUGCAGACAGUUAAACUGUGGCUCGGCACUGGAAGUUCCUCAAUCAGCUCACUUUGGUGCAGGAACUGGACAGAUUUGGCUUGAUCGUGUGACCUGUUCAGGAAAUGAAAGUUCUCUAACUGAUUGUCAACAUAGUGGAUUUCAAUCAAACAGAUGUGAACAUGGUCAGGAUGCUGCCGUCGUCUGUUCAGAUCUGAUCAGGUUAGCUGGAGCUGGAUCAUCUCGAUGCUCUGGAAGAGUUGAAAUCUUUCACAAUAACAUCUGGGGAACAGUCUUUGAUUUUAACUGGGACUUAAAUGAUGCUGAGGUGGUUUGCAGACAGUUAAACUGUGGGUCGGCACUCCAAGCUCCUCAAUCAGCUUACUUUGGUCCAGGAACUGGACAGAUCUGGCUCGGUGAUGUGACCUGUUCAGGAAAUGAGAGUUCUCUAAGUGAAUGUCAACACUCUGGAUGGGGAAACUACUACUACUACUACUACAACAACAACUACUACUACUACUACAACAAUGGACAUUACUCAGAUGCUGGUGUCAUCUGUUCAGGUCUGAUCAGAUUAACUGGAUCUGGAUCAACUGGAUGCGCUGGCAGACUUGAAGUUUACCACAAUAACAGCUGGGGAACAGUCUGUGAUGAUGGCUGGGACUUAAGUGAUGCUGAGGUGGUUUGCAGACAGUUAAACUGUGGGUCGGCACUGGAAGUUCCUGCAUCAGCUCACUUUGGUGCAGGAACUGGACAGAUUUGGCUUGACAAUGUCACCUGUUCAGGAAAUGAAAGUUCUCUAACUGAGUGUCAACACAGUGGAUUUGGAUCAAACACAUGUGAACAUGGUCAGGAUUAUCUCUCGCUUAGCAACAUAGUGAGGAUUUUGGUCAUCUCGGAGGCACUCCCCAAUGACCUGUAG